CGUUUCUGUGGCCCUAAGAGUAACGAUUCUGUGUCCCCGAGUAACGAUUCUGUGUCCCCGAGUAACAAUUCUGUGUCCCUGAGUAACGAUUCUGUGUCCCUGAGUAACGAUUCUGUGUCCCUCAGUAACGAUUCUGUGUCCCUGAGUAACGAUUCUGUGUCCCUCAGUAACGAUUCUGUGUCCCUGAGUAACGAUUCUGUGUCCCUGAGUAACAAUUCUGUGUCCCUGAGUAACGAU